AUGUUAUCUGAAGAGGAUCAUUUAGGAGAUGGGGAUGAAAAUGAAACAUAUCUUGUUCCUUCAACUGGUCCCCCAGUUCAGGCAGAUCUACCGAGACGAACUUGUGUGAGGAAGAGAAUAAUGAUUGUGAGUGUCAUCUUAGCAAGUUUAGCCCUGACUGGGGUAGUGUUGGGCUUGGUCUACUACUUAAAGCUAGGUCAACCUUCCACCACCAGAACCUACUCCUUUCAGAUCAAGCAGACGAAGAAAAAAGUUGGUGACCGAAAGUACAUGGUCAAGACAAUUAAUGGCAAGAUACCAGCGCCUGCAAUACACGUCAGACAAGGGGACAUCCUCCAUGUUACAGUGACUAACGGACUUGCUAACAGUGGGGUCACUAUUCACUGGCACGGUCUGAACAUGAGGGGAUAUCAGGUGUACGACGGAGUGGCGGGUGUUACACAGUGUCCCAUAGUCCCGGGGACAUCUUACUUGUAUCAGUUCAAAGUAGAGGAUCUGCCCGGCACUCAUCUGUAUCACACCCACAAUAUGUUGUCUGAUGUCACACCCUCCGGUCUGGACUUUGUCCGUGGACCACUCAUUGUGCACGAUACAGAUGCGGUCAUUAUUCCUGAAUGUACUUCACAGGAUUGUUACCGGAUAGGAAAUGAGAGGAUUCUCUUAUAUCAAGAUCUUUAUCCAAACUAUUUAGGGUCAGGUGUGCUUAAUGGCGAGGAGACUCACGAAAUAGAGGUUGAAAAUGGAGAGCAUAAGUUCCGAAUUAUCAACGGAGGGAAUAAGUUCGCAUUCUUCUUCAGUAUUGAUGGAUACAAGCUAAUAGUGACUGCCACAGACGGGCACACUGUUGAAGCUUAUGAAACUGACUUGAUUCUCAUUCAUUCAGGAGAAAGGUAUGAUGUCUUGGUCAACUUCAACAUCACACUUCCGACGGAAAAUGUGUGGAUUAGAGCAAUGGAGAGAGAUAAUGAAAACGAAGGAACAUUGGGCGUACUUAGAAUUAGGAUGAACGAUUUAAUUCCCUACAAUAAAGAAAUACCCCCAAACAAGGACCUUACAGUAGAGAUGGACACAGUAAACAUACUCAACUGUAUGUAUCCUGAGAGACCGGAACUGAACUGCAAACUUCUCACAGACCUAGUUCCUACAAGACAGCAGAGUUUGUUGGGUUCUGUUGAAUAUCACACGGUAGAUUUUAUGGAGGGUAACAGUGGGGAGUGGUUCGUUUCAAUGGACGGGGGGAAAUACACACAGAACCUAGUUCCCCACAUUCCAGUAAUCAUGUCUGCUGCUAAAGAUAAGGUGAACUCACACACACCCAUCCUAUCCGUACCAACAAACAGAUCCGUCACUAUAGUGCUCCGAAACAGAUCCUAUCUAAGCCACCCCAUGCACCUGCACGGACACCACUUUGAAGUCCUCGAAAUAGUCACAAGAAAAACACUAGGAUGUCAGGAUGACCUUUGUCCGUUACUGGACAUCAACACUGACUUCUCAGAGCCAAUAGAAGAUCUGAUGAGGAGGUCCAGACAGGGGGUCCUGAAGGACACAGUAAUCCUACCAGCUGGAGGAGCAGUGGCACUGAGACUCAACACUAACAGCCCAGGGGCAUGGUUUCUCCACUGUCACGUGUCCACACACUUACGGGACGGGAUGGGGUUAGUUCUGAACGAAGGAGGUUACCUCUUCUCACAGGACAAGUUCCCUCAGGAUUAUCCCGAGUGUGACUCCUCAUGGACUGAGCUUCAGUCGACUACUUGCAACUGUACUGAUUAUAGAAGUGGGCUUGAAGUGAGAUGCAGUAGGUCCUGGUUGUGCGGAGCUGGUGGUGGUUAAUGACACUGCCACGUGAAACUUCAUUAUUCCAGAUCCAGAAUGCCAGAUCGGAAUGCUAUCUUUAUGACAUUUAUUAUUCUUGAGUUAUGCAUGUUCAAUUCCGUGAAAUGACCCUUCACACUAUGCUUAGAAAAUAUUUUAUUUUAUUUUUGACUUACUGUAAUUCUUUGAUGUAAUAAUGUAUAUAUUUUGAAAAUUUGUCUUCCAAAAACUUCUUUAACACUAUCCUAA